AUGUCCCUUUUGCGGAAAGUCAACUUGAAGCAGCUCAAGGAAGUCAAGAGGCUUUCGGCAAAUAUCUUUGGCGAAACCUAUAACCCUGGUAACGUCAGAAACGGUGCUAAGGUUUUGCGUGCCCCACUAAAGGGACCGGAAGUUGUGUCGUGGUAUGGAGACAAUGAUGCUGCACCAACUUUUAAGGACUUCAAAGAGUGGUUUCCUGAGUUAAAAUUAGUUGAUCCAAAAGAAGCAUACAGAGUCAAAAUGGUGGCUGACAGAAAGAAAAGAAACAAGGGUGCGCCAAAGAAGAAGUCCAGUUGA